CUCCAAGUACGAAUUAAUUGUGUUUUGCGUUUGCGCCUCACUACCGCCACCACGUUGAUCGCUUCCUGGCUAGUUCCGAGUUACUCAUAAGAGAUAGCAAGGUGCAUGCUGUGGGCGUAAAACCCAUCUUCUUAAGCCACCUCUCAAACGAAUGUAGAUGGAGUAUUCGGCCGACGAUGUUGCAGCAACCAGGAUUUUGCAGUACUUGGCGUACAUAUGCACGGCAUUGAUUACAUUCUGGACCUAUGACUAUAUUUGUUCACUUCACGACGAGUGGACAUUCCUACUUCGGUCGCGCUGGACCAAGGUAAAAUGCCUCUACGUCACUGCACGAUAUGUACCCUUUUUCCUCAUCGCUGCGGACAUAUGUCUGACCUUGACACCGAAUGAGAACCCCAAGGCAUGCAAGAUGUUCAUCACUAUUUACUCAUGUUUUGCAGUGAUAUCACUCACUUGCUCUGAAUGCUUUUUUGUGCUCAGAACAUAUGCACUCUGGAGCAACAAUAGAAUCGUACUCGUAGCUAUGCUGUCGACCUUUUUUGCCAUCAUUGUAUCAUUCACCGGCAUCUGGUUUAGUGCUAUUGCCACUUCUCAAUAUUUUUCAACUAGCGCGAUCCCGGGCAUCCCAGGCAUCACAGGUUGUUACCGGACUUCGAGCAGUGUCCAAUUAUACCUGCCGUUCAUUCUCUUGUUUGUCUUUCAACUGGGACUGGUCUCCCUCACACUCAUACGUGCCAUACGGAACUGGCGGCCGACUAGAUACCCUCUAUAUGCUACCUUGGUGAAGCAUAAUAUAUUCUACUACGCAUGCGGUCUGUUUUUCUCGGCCUUGAACGUCCUUGUGCCAGUGAUAUUUCCCAAUUCCCCAUACCACUCCUUCCUCGAAGAUUUCGAGGUUUUCAUCCUUGCAAUCCUCGCCACGCGGAUGCACCUCCAUCUCUGGCAAAUCGACAAUACCGUGCAUGAGUUUGAUCCCCUCGUGUCUAUUCCCCUGUCGGACAUGUCACCUGCAGCCUGAAGCCGUGCACUGUCAUGUCAUAUCGCGUGGCUUAUUCGGUGUUGAUUGUAAAGCGAGGUGGCAUUGCUAGUCUGGUGGCUUGGCGUGGUGGAUAGCUUGAUAUUGCAGAGUUCGCACUACAAAUCUGCUUGUAGAUGAUCCAUAAACUUCAUACAUGUAUCAGCACGCAGGAACCCACGAUCUCAAAUGUGCGCAAUGGUG